AUGGAUAGUUGCAACAUAGGAAGUUGGAAUGUUAGGGGAUUGAAUAACAAGGAUAAGCAAGAUUCUGUGUUGGAGUUUUGCAAUGUCAAUAAAAUUGGAGUAGGGGGUCUGUUAGAAACUAAGUUGAAAGGGAAUAAAGUUCAGGAGUUGAUGAAUAAAAAAUUUGCUAACUGGGAUUUCUUUAAUAGCUCUACUGUUGAGGGCAGGUUGUUGAUUAUAUGGAGGAAGGGUUUUGUACGUGUUAUAGUAAUUGCUGAAUCGUCUCAACAUGUUCAUUGUGUGGUUAAAAUGGCUGAUAGGAAGACUCUAUGGCAAAAUCUGGUGCAGCUUAAAUUUCCUGUUUCAUCAUGGUUAAUUCUUGGGGAUUUUAACUCAGUCUUUAAUGUUGAUGACAGAAAUGGAAGGAAUCCCAUUACGCAAAAUGAAAUGGUUGACUCUAAUCAAUGGUUAGCUCAGAAUCAUGUUGAAGCUCUCAAAAUUCAUGAGUGGCGUGAUCACUUUCCUAACACUGCAGCUCGUUUUAGUUGGGAAGUAAUCUCAGAUCAUUGUUCAUGUGUUGUUUCAGCUACAGCUACAGAGGCUAUUGGGAUUAAACCAUUUCGGUAUUACAAUUUCUGGGCUGAUCAUCACGAUUUCAAGACCAUAGUGGAGCAAAAUUGGAAGAGACCGAUGGCUACUAGAGGACUAAAAGGGGUCUACUUAAAACUUAUGAGAGUAAAGCAUUGCCUCAAGAAAUUUAAUCAUGAAGUGAUUGGUGAUAUUGGGAAAAGUUAUCAGGAAGCUAAAGCUUGUUACAGUGAGGCUAAAUAUCAGGCACAAUCUCAUCCGAGAGACAUGAAUUACCAGGAUCAAGAAGCUAUAGCAGCUGCUAAUUUUGAUACUCAAGAGAAAAUGUACCAUAAGUUUCUCAGACAGAGGAGCAAAAUUACUUGGCUGCAAAAAGGAGAUUCCAAUACCUCUUAUUUUCAUGCUUGUCUGAAGAAGAGGAAAAUGGAAAACAGAAUUAAAACAUUCAUUACAGACCAAGGGGGAGAAAUCUGUGCUGCAAUUUCUAAUUUCUUUGAGACAGGACUCAUGCCACCUGAAUUUCAUAAUACAAUGAUUUCUCUUAUCCCUAAACAAGAGAAUCCGGCUAAAGCUAUAGAUUACAGGCCUAUUACUUGUUGUUCAACGAUAUACAAGUGCAUAUCUAAACUGCUGUGCUCUAGACUUGCAACAGACCUUCCUUCCCUGGUUCAUCAAGGUGCUUUUGUCCAAGGGAGAUCUAUUGCUCACAAUGUGAUGAUUCUCCAAGACAUCUUGAAGAACUAUAGGAGGAAAAACACUUCUCCUCGCUGUACAAUCAAGAUUGAUAUCAGUAAGGCAUAUGAUACUGUGGAUUGGAAUUUUGUAGAAGAUCUGCUUAAUGCUUUAAACAUUCCUGGUAGAUUUGUUCAGCUGGUGAUGAUUUGUAUCAAAAGCUCAUCCUACUCUCUUCUUAUGAAUGGUAGAAUUCAAGGUGGUUUUCAAGGUGUUAAGGGUCUUCGUCAAGGUGAUCCUUUAUCUCCUUUAAUAUUUGUUCUGAUUAUGGAUUAUCUAACGAGAAGUCUUCUUCAUGCUGCUCAAGACUCUAAGUUCAGAUAUCAUCCUCUUUGCAAAAGUUUGAAGUUAAUAAACUUAUGCUUUGCGGAUGACUUGAUUCUUCUCAGCAAAGGGUCCAAACAGUCCAUAAAAGUUCUUAAAGAGGUCUUGGAUGGUUUCAGCAAUACUAUUGGGCUCCAUGUCAAUGUUAAUAAAUCUCAAAUAUUCUUUGGAGGGGUUGAUCCCAGGGAGAAGGGGGAGAUCAUUAGGGAUCUUGGUUUGGCUGAAGGUGCAUUUCCUUUAAAGUACUUAGGGGUGCCUUUAAGACCAACUAAAUGGAAAGCUGAAGAUUGUGGGAUUAUUAUUAAAAAAAUCAAAAUGAGACUUCACACUUGGGGAAGUAGGCACUUAUCUUUUGCUGGAAAAAUUCAACUAAUUCAUUCAAUAUUACUUGGUCUUCGAAAUUAUUGGAUGAGUACUUUCAUCCUUCCUCAAAGUGUUUCUAAAGAGAUCGAGAAACUAUGUAGAGGUUUCCUUUGGGGAAUGAACGGGAACAGAAGAAGAAUUCAUGUGGCCUCUUGGGAGAAAUUUUGCCUUCCCAAACCUUAUGGUGGUCUCGGGUUUAAAGAAGGGACCAAAUGGAAUCAAACUAUCCUAGCUAAAUACAUUUUGGCUAUCAAUGAGAAGAGAGAUUUACUGUGGGUUAAGUGGGUGAACUCUGUUUAUCUCAAGGGGGUAUCCAUUUGGUCUUAUGAGUUAAAGUUGGACACCAGCUGGUAUUGGCGCAAACUAUGUCGACUGAGACAAAAGUUUUCCAUUUCUGAGAUUUUGAAGGCAGGCAUGGAAUCCACCAACGUGUUUGACCUUUACAGCACCCCAGAGGCUGCUGCUGCUGCCCCUCCGAGCAAAAAGAAAGCCAGCAAGAGACAUGCUAGGGAGAGCAGCAAAGAGCCUCAGCCGAAGAAGGUCCGGAAUGCAGGCCUUUCGAAGGAUGGGCCCUCUGCUACCGUGACUCCGCCUUCCCCCCAUGAGCAGCAGACUCCAUCUGUUGUGACCAGGUUGACUCCUUCUCUUGCUGCCCUAUCUGACCAAACCCAGCAGGAAGCUCCUGCCUCAACCGGGAACCUGAUGGUUGGCCGCUCCUUUAAACUAAUCAAGGAGAGGCUUACCAAAAUCACCAAGCAUGAUCGCUGCCGAGUGGCAAUGGCGGCUAUGGAGACGAUGGGGGUUGACCCAAUUCUGAACCGAGCCCUGAAUGAGUUCACCAGUGCCAUGCUAACCCUUACUGCCGGCCGCAUUCGCCUGGGUGCUGUCACUGAGGAGGCCAGGACCUCGGAUCAACGGCACGAGGACGAACUCAAAGCUGCCAAGGCCAGACAUGCUGAUCAGCUGGCAGUGGUGACUACGGAAAAGGCCUAA